UUGAGCGCUUCCACAAGAGUUGACCCGUAGCGCAAACGUUGGCUAGUUCUUUAAUAGCUAGCAAUUCACUGUUUUUGUUAACGCUCAGAUGAGUUAAAUGUGUAUUCUAUUGCUUUAGUGUAGAAAACAAAAAUAAAAUUGACGAAAUGAACAGUCGUCUGCAGGAAAUCCGUGAGCGACAAAAACUCAGGCGGCAGCUGUUAGCUCAACAGUUGGGAGCUGAGAGUGCAGACAGCAUUGGGGCUGUGCUUAACAGUAAAGAAGAACUUAAAGAAAUAGAAGAGACAAGAGAAACAUGCAGGGCCUCUUUGGAUGAUUCCGCACCUCCUUCCAAGAAAAAGGCUCCGACAGAAGGCGAUGACACUGAGGAAGAUGCGGAGGAACAAAAAGAUGAGGUGGAGGUGCCACUGCCUGAAGAAAGCAACCCAUACGAGGAAGUCUACAAGGACUCAAGUACUUUUCUUAAGGGUACACAGAGUUUGAACCCUCACAAUGAUUACUGUCAGCACUUUGUCGACACGGGACACAGGCCACAGAACUUCAUUCGAGAUGUUGGAUUGGCUGAUCGGUUUGAGGAGUACCCCAAACUACGAGAACUGAUCCGACUGAAAGACGAACUUAUCUCCACGACCAACACCCCUCCCAUGUACCUGCAGGCGGAUCCUGAACACUUUGACCUGCAGGAUUUAAAAAGCGAAUUUGAUGUCAUCCUACUUGAACCCCCUUUAGAGGAAUAUUACAGAGAAUCAGGCAUCAGCCACACAGAGCGCUUCUGGACCUGGGAUGAUAUCAUGAAGCUGGAGAUUGAAGAGAUCUCCUCCCACCGGUCUUUCGUCUUUCUCUGGUGCGGCUCGGGGGAAGGCCUGGACUUGGGAAGGAUGUGUUUGCGGAAAUGGGGCUUCAGGCGCAGUGAAGACAUCUGCUGGAUUAAGACCAACAAGAAUAACCCAGGCAAGACAAAGGCAUUGGACCCAAAGGCAGUUUUUCAGAGGACCAAGGAACACUGUCUAAUGGGAAUCAAAGGAACGGUGCGGAGAAGUAGAGAUGGCGAUUUCAUCCAUGCCAACGUGGACAUUGACUUGAUUAUCACGGAGGAGCCCGAGAUGGGAAAUGUUGAGAAGCCUGUCGAGAUCUUUCACAUCAUCGAGCACUUCUGUUUAGGCCGCAGGAGGCUACACCUUUUUGGACGAGACUCUACAAUCAGACCGGGAUGGCUGACAGUUGGUCCCACACUCACCAACAGUAACUUCAACCCAGAGACCUACGCAGCUCAUUUCGCUCUGCCCGAUUCUUACCUCUCCGGUUGCACUGAAGAAAUAGAGCGACUGCGGCCCAAAUCGCCGCCUUCAAAGAUGAAGUCCGACCGUGGUGGCGGAGCACCAAGAGGGGGGCGUAGUGGUCCGAAUGUGGGGAGAGGUGGAGAGCGAGGUCGGGAAAGAAAUAGGCCAAACUUCCGCGGGGACAGAGGCGGCUUCCGGGGUCGGGGAGGACCACACAGGGGUUUUCCCCCACGCUAGCGAGAGAAUGCUUACCCAAAUGGUCAUUUUUUUCCUUGACUGUUCACAAGUUGCUACUGAUAAGAACCCUUUGACCAUCCCUGACAUUUUGGACACAGAAAAAUUGAAUGUGCUCCAAUACACAAGCAGCGUAUUCUUGUCAAACCCCACUCAAGUGUUUGGCCACCAGCAGUGUUGUUUUCUCAAAGCCCUCUAACCCAUCAUUUAGAGACACUAAGGCUACGUUCCCACCACAGGGUGUAAUCCCCAUUUCGGAUUUUUUUUGUUUGAAUAUUUUCGUGUAGCUGUUCGUAUUGCAAAAUCGGGCAACUCGCAGUGUGAAAUUUGGUCCCUACAGGAGGUCUCAACUGUCACACUUUAGUGGCAAUUUCUAAUUUUAUGCUAACCGUGCUAACAUUUUUUUUAAAGCCUUAAGUAAGUUAGUGUUACUGCUAUUAAGAAGCAAAAAUUUAUUUUUAAAUGAUUUUAUCCAUCAUUGCUUAUUCACAUGUCUGUUUUGUGGAACAGAAUUUCACUUGUUAAUGGCAUAUAGUCUGGAUUUGUACGGAUCGGAUACAUAUUGAAAUUAUAGCCAAGUAUAAAAAAAUUCAGACUGUUCAUACUGCAUGAACAUGUCAGCAUAUGAGGGUUUACCUUCAGUGUGAACGUAGCCUAAUGCAAUUUUACAAAAGGAUUUUGCUCAAGUUUCACCAGGAUGAUAAACAUUGAAAUACAGUAAAGGAACUGUAGUUCAAUGUUUGGCUCAAGUAUUCAUGUGUUCACCCAUAAAUUUACUCAAAUACUACCAAAAUACUCUUUCCUGUGAAUAUAGAGGGAUUAUACAUACGCAUCAUGGCUACAGAAAACUUAAAAUGCGAGUGGAUGAAUGACGAGGUGAAAUUGCCAAAAUUUCAGCAUUCUUCGAUGUUGACAAAAUAAGUGAUGCUUUUGAUAGAUGUUUGGCUUCAUAGUUAAAGCUUACCCAGUAUGAUGUUGUCUAGCCUUUUUUUAUCAUUUGUUUGUUCCAGUGGAUUCUUUUCAUGGCUUGUAAAUAUGUAUUCUCUUAGCCCCAAAAGGUUGAUGGUAUUCAAUAAAACUUUUUUUUUAAUUUUUUUUUUAUUGUUUUUGUCUAAAGGUUCAUGUAUCUGACAGCACAGCUAGACAUGUUGACAGCAAUUUCUGUUUGCAGCAUGCACAGAAGCAGUGAUUUAGGUUGAUAAUCCCUCAAUAGGGAAAACAAAACUGCACUGAAUUAUUUCAAAUGUAUAACACAUAAAAUUCAAAUUGUAUUUGAAUAUAUGAUUGGAAGCCAUUGUAAAUGAGUCACACGAAAUGCAUUUUCCUUCAAAAUUAAAUACAGCUGAACAGUAAUUUAUAAAAUAAACUUGAUUAAAAGUAGAAGCCACUAAAACACUCACUAUCCAAAACAUAAUUACCAAAGUCAUCUUUCAAUUAUUGAUAUAGAAAUGACUUGAGCAACUAUGUUAUGCCCAGAGGUGGGUAGCGUAGCCAAAGUUUUUUACUAUAAAGUAAAAGUACUGUUAUUUGACAAAAAAAAUCCAAAAGUAAAAAAAUGUACACAAGUGCAAGUAAAAAAAAUACUUGGUGUAAAGAAUUCAUGUCAGAAAAGAAGUCAUGAGUAACAUUGUAACGCUUAAGACGCUAGAUUUUUGUACAAUGGUAUUUUUUUCUUAGCACACAAUUAUAAAUAUGAGCUGUUAUUAUUUUACUGUGCUAUAACAUAUUGCAUUACUGCAUUAAGCUAAAGAAAUACAAAAAAACAACUUUGAAUUCCGGUAAAAGAAAACAUCUACAGAAAUGAAGCAUUACUCGUCCAAAGAGCAUGAGUGCUGUCCAUUGGAGAAAACAUUUCCUAUUAUGAAACUAAAAGAUCAUAUCUCUGGUUUUCUGUGGUCAAUCUGUGCCAAAUAAAAACUGGGAGAGAGAUUAAAAUC